AUGCAUGAUAUCGUGCAUGACUUUGUUCAGUUUCUCACCAAGAAUGAUUGUGUUUGUAUGGAGGCUAUCGGUACUAACAUUGAGACAGAGCUCUUGCGUGCUAAUUACACAAUAGGGCUAGGGGGCAACAAGAUUCGCCAUUUAACCUUAAUGCUUGCACCGAAGGGCCCAUUUCCGUUAUCUAUUUCAUCUUGCAAUUUCAAAAAUCUGCGUAGCCUUACAGCUUUGGAUUCAAAAAUCACUACCAUACACUCAAAUUUACUUUUAGAAUUGAGAUGUCUUAGGACAUUAAAUUUGAGUCAUAAUCUUAUCGAAGAAGUGCCAGAAGAGAUUGUUGAGUUGGUACAUUUGAGGUAUAUUGAUUUCUCUUUCAAUCCUUUUCUGAGGAAGUUACCGAACGCAGUGUGUGAUUUAUACAAUUUGCAAACCUUGCGCUUUGUUGGGUGCUAUGGACUUCAAAAUCUACCGCAAAGCGUGGGGAAGUUGAUUAACUUAAGCCAUCUUUAUGUUUCCGGUUGUGAUAAGCUUAAGUACUUGCCAAAAGGGAUUAUGGGAUUACAAAGUCUGAGAACACUAGAUGAGUUUCGUGUUUGUGGUAGUGACAAUGAUGAAGCAUUGAAACUAGGAGACCUGGGAACCUUGGACCAGCUUCAAGGUGUUCUAAGGAUAAGAAUUCCGGGGAAUGGCGAAGAUGGUGAGGCUGAGAAAGCACAAUUGUGGAACAAAAAGCAACUUUCUCACUUGAAACUAAUUUUUGAGAAUUUUCAAAACGAGGAGAGAAAAGCAGCAGUGUAG